GGCCAUCGACGGAGCAAGAGGGGCUCUUCAUUUUCAGCAAUCUGCCUACAGAAAAAUGAAGAAGAAGCUCUUGAUUCUUCUCCGGUUGAAUACCCAAAUUCAAUCACCAUCACCAUUCUCAGAUCAUAAGCACCGGCUCUACACUUUCCCAACCUCAUCACCACCGGGCCAUCAUUUUUGUGUCCAUAACCACUACACAGAAACAGGGGAAAAAAGACUUCAAAUUUUUUUGGAGCAAGAGCAGCAAUCAGAGAAGAAGCCUUCCCUUUGUGCCUCCAAUUAUUGCAAAUGGCCAAAGUCAUCCCAAGAACAUAUCCUAUAAUAACUUCUCUGGCCCAAUUCCUGUAACACCUUUCUUCAAGACUAUUUCUGCAAAUUCUUAUCUUCAAAACCCAAAUUUGUGUCAAUCCAUUGAUGGGUCUACUUGUUCUUCACGUGUCACGAGAAGGAAGGGAUUGAAAUCUGCAGCUUUGAUUUCUAUCAUUCUGGCCUCCUCAAUUACACUGGCCAUCCUUGCUUCAUGGAUUUUGGUUAUGACUCAUGGGUACAAGGUUGAAAAGUCUUCCGAGUCAGAAGAUCCAUGGACGUUCAUUCCAUUCCAACUGCUCAACUUCACCAUUGACAACAUUUUGGAAUAUCUUAAGGAUGAGCAUGAGAUUGGUAGAGGCGGCUUUGGGGUUGUAUACAAGGCGGAGAUGCCUAAUGGGGAGUUGAUUGCUGUGAAAAAGCUGAAUCCAGAGCCAGCAGUGGACUCUUUUACAACGGAGGUUCAGAUUCUGGGACAUAUCCGACAUCGGAACAUUGUGAAGCUAAUAGGCUACUAUUCCAAUAGAAGUGUAAAACUGCUUUUAUACAACUAUAUUCCAAAUGGCAAUCUUCAACAACUUUUGCGAGGGAGUGAGAAUUUGGAUUGGGAAACAAGGCACAAGAUUGCAGUAGGUUCAGCUCAUGGUUUGGCUUAUCUUCACCAUGAUUGUGUACCAACCAUUCUACACAGAGAUGUCAAGUGUAGCAACAUACUUCUUGAUUCUGAAUAUGAGGCUUAUCUCGCGGAUUUUGGGUUGGCAAAAUUGAUGAACACUCCAAAUGACCACCUUACAAUUUCUAGAGUUACCGGUGCUUUUGGUUACAUUUCCCCAUAACAUGGAUACAGAAGGAACAUAACCGAGAAGAGUGAUGUCUAUAGCUACGGAGUUGUUCUAUUGGAGAUACUAAGUGGGCGUAGUGCAGUGGAGCUUGAGGUGGAUGAGUGGCUCCACAUAGUAGAGUGGGUGAAGAGAAAGAUGAGCAAGGAUUGCCAGACCAAAUGAUGCAAGAGAUGCUUCAAACACUACGAAUUGCAAUGUUCUGUGUGAACUCCUCUCCCACAGAAAGGCCAACGAUGCAGGAAGUGGUGGUAUUGUUGAUGGAGGUGAAGACUAAGGAAUAAACUUAAUGAGAAUUAAUUCAACUAGUGGAUGCUUCAGUAUGCAAUUGCAUUUCAGCCAUACUUUCCGAAUAUCAUAUUGAGGUGAUUUUUGAAGCAUUGGAAAGCUGAGAGACAUAGCCACAAGUCAUUGGUCUGAUACCUUCUAUACCAUCCCCUGUCCUACACAAAAUGGGAAUAUGCUUCCUUGGAACUUGCUGGAUUUUCGUUUGUGUGCUUGUUUGUGGGCCUUAUUGCUGUGGGAAGGAUUUACCUUGGUAUGCACAGUUUGAUUGAUAUCUUUGGUGGUCCUGGCAUUGGUUUUGGAAUCCUUUAUCUCUGGCUAGCUGUCCAUGAAUACAUUGAUAACUUUUUGGACUCUGGACAAAAUGGUAAGUAUGCCUGGUAUGUUGUGGUUUAUACUCCAAAAGAUUUGUUAUUCUAACAUGCCAGCUGUUGAUAUGUCAUUAAAACCAGUUAGGUGAAUAAGGAACCAUAUGCUAAUAUCAGCCAUCAACUCAUCUGCAUAGCUCCUGUAGGGACAAUGUCAAUGACUUAGAUGCAGGAGACAUUUUAAACUGAUAGGUAAAAAAACUAAUGCUGAACAGAAGUAAAGCGCCCUCUACUAA